AUGACCUCCAUACUUCCAGGUUCCAUGCCCUGGCAUGAGGGUGAGCAGAAAAUGCAUAAUUUGCUUCACGUUCCCCCACGAGAUAACCCCACAGUUCCAAGCCUCACCUAUAAUGCUGGCUAUCUACUGCCACGCGCUCCACUUUUGGCUAUUGGGACUAUUGAUUCCGAAGGACGCCCCUGGACAAGCAUCUGGGGCGGCGAGAAAGGAUUCGCUAGUCCUACUUCGCAAACCACGGUCGACCUGACCACACCUGUCGACAGGAGACAUGAUCCCGUCGCUGAAAUACUGCUGGGACCACCGGAAGGUGACUUGGCGGAUUCCACGCGCGGCGGAAAACUGAUGUCUGGAUUAGUCUUCGAUCUGGAAAAUCGGAAGAGAGUGAAGCUUCACGGCAGGUCGAUUGCGGGGUCGUUGGAAAGUCCCAGCGCAGUGUCAGGUUCAGACCAGGCAUGCGGCACAGCUGACGAAUCAGGAAACUGUCCAAAGUAUAUGAAUAAGAAGCAGAUCGUUCCUGCCCUUCCAAAUCCGAAGCUGGUGUCAAGCUCACCUCAACUGACCCCGGCGGCUGUAGACCUUCUCAAUCGUGCUGACUGCCUGUUUGUCUCUUCGGCUCAUGGUACAAUUGACAUGGACACAAACAUCCGUGGAGGUCCUCCUGGAUUUGUGCGACUGGUGUCUAAUGGGCCACGUGGGGCUGUAUUUGCUUAUCCAGAAUACUCAGGUAAUCGACUAUACCAGACUCUAGGUAAUCUCCAGACCAAUCCUCGAUCAGGAUACGUCUUCCCGGACUUUGACACGGGAAAUGCGUUAUACGUGACCGGGGAAGCGCGGAUUCUGGUAGGCCAAGAUGCAGCACAGGUGCUUCCGCGGUCAAAUCUGGCAGUCGUGGUCACCGUCACAGCUGCGCGAUAUGUGGAAAAGUCCCUCUCCUUCCGCGGUAUCGCCGGGGAGCCGUCUCCAUACAAUCCUCCGGUGCGAUAUCUGGCCACAGAAAAGGUCAGUGCGGCCGAUCCCAAGGAAGAUAGCUCUAUCACAGCAACUCUUAUCCGGAAAGAGAUUCUUACUCCAGCCAUUGCUCGUUUCCGAUUCCGCAUCUCCGAUCCAGUCAAACUUGGAAAGUGGAUUCCAGGGCAGUACGCGACAUUCUCGUUCUGGGAUGAGCUGAAUCUUGGCUACAGCCACAUGCGAGACGAUGACCCGACCAGCCUCAAUGACGAUUAUGUCAGGACGUUCACUAUCUCAUCUUAUCCAGGCGAGGGAAUCUCUACAUCAGAGUUUGAAAUAACAGCCAGGAAGCACGGUAAUGUGACUCGCUAUCUUUGGGGAGUCAAUGAACGAGCCGGCCUUGAGGUCCCUCUCAAAGGGGUCGGGGGAGAAUUCCAGAUAAACUCAUCGGGAAAUGAGAUCCUGCCUUUUAUAGUAGGUGGCAUUGGGAUAACGCCUGUGCUUGCCCAGCUUCCCAGUCUGGAUCUUAGUCGGCUACAACUAUUGUGGUCUAUAUCAAUCAGCGACGUGGGUUUGGUGUGGGAUACGUUCAAGCGGUUUCCGGCGCUGCCCAGAUCGACGUCUUUGUUUCUCACCGGGUCUGACCCGGAGGACGAGCUCAUCAAGCGGCAGUAUGAGGUUGUCGUCUCCUCUGGAGCACAGAUUUCUCGACGCAGGAUAGACACAGAUGAUUUGGAUCUGUCAUUGGCCGAGACAUGGUAUUUCUGCGGCAGUCCGGCUUUGAAAAGCUCUGUUUUGAAUUGGCUCACUGCCCCUCGAGCUCCCCGAGCUCCCACAGCUCCCACCAUGUCCACCUACGAAGUGGAACACAACACCACCGACCCUUCCUCAACCACCACCACAGGAACAACAACAACCACAACCACAACGCACCCGCGCCGCCCCGACCUCUCCAGCUUCUUCGCGACCCUCUCCGAAAUCACCCCGGAUGAAUCGCAUAGCGCCCACCGGCCGCACGCCGUGCCCGUCCCGCGCGACAUCAGCGCAGCCUUCUACACGCUCGCCGAAGCCUUGAACGUGAUGCGCCGCGACGGGGGCGGGGGCGGAGCCAUCGCCGCGGCGGCGGCAGGUGGGAUCCCCAGCUUCGGGCCGGAGGAUACGGAUGCCGACGUCAGCGGGGGCAGCGAGCUGCUGACGGAGAUGAUUGCGUCGUUGUUGCAGUCGGCGGAGCGGCCGCCCAAGGAGGUGGAGGGGGUGAGUGAGGAGUUUUGCGAUGUGCUCGAUCGCGUGCCCAAGACAUCCUUGAACUCGUCGCAGGUCUGUCCGAUUUGCAAUAACCCCUUCUUGGAGGAUCAGUACCCCCUUGUCGUGCGGUUGCCGUGUCAUCCGACGCAUCUGUUUGAUUUGGAGUGCGUGCGGCCGUGGUUGAGGUUGCGGGGAACGUGUCCGCUCGAUCGCACGGAUUUCGCCAAGCAGGAGAGGGACAAGGCGGAGGCCAGGCGGAAGCCGGCGGUGGAUGAUGAGGAGGAGGAGUGGGAUGGCAUGUAUGGUUAGGUUUACAGAUACGUGCUGAAUAAUAGGGCAUGAUGUUGCGGAACUAUGCCUUUGAACCGCAAAGCUUGAUGUUGAAUUUGCAUAGAGACGUU